AAAUAUGUUCGCCCACAGUGAAGCAAGACAUUCGAUUUCCAUGCCGUUAUUUGGUUGUUGAUUUUAGAAGUUCGUUUAAGCGUUGCGUUGUUGUCUUCAGAUCUAAGUGCCAAAAUGGCGAGGAUAUGGUACCGCGCAUUCCAAGAUUUCUUCUCCAUCCGCCGUCUUUGGCUUUUCCCUCUCCUCGCCGGACUCUUUUGGUUCUUAACCCUUACUAUCCUGUUAGUAAGAUGGCUAGCCGUCGGUCGGCCUCAAUACCCUAAACAGGUGAACCCAUACGUACCUUUCAUCAGCGACAUUGCAGCCCAUCAGUUUAAGCCAGUGUUCAUAGUUGGGUGCGCGGCAACGGGAAUUACUUUCUUCGGCACAGUUUUUAGCGUGCACCACGUGCGUUAUUCGCCGAAGUUUUACGGGCUGACAGAUGACACGCCGUGGCGGCAGACAACAAGCCUAAUUGCAUUGUUAGCCGGUCUAGCCGCUGCUGUUAGCUUAAUAUUCCUCAGUAUUUUCGAUACGGAUGAUGCACACUUGAGACAUCGGAAUCUUCUCAUGGGAACGUUUGGAGGCUUGUUCGUGAGUGCCCUGACUACGACCGCGGUGUGGUGGGAUCAGAUUUGGGGUCCUGCUGUAUUUAUAGGGCUACGGAAAUGGUGCAUUUUCAAUACCUUCCUCGUUCUUUGCCAGUUUGGCUGCGGGCUUGCAUUCAUGAUUCUCAUGGAUGACGGCCACUUCAAAUCGUCAGGAAUCUUAGAAUGGUGCCUAACUUAUCUGGGUUCAUUCUGGUUAGCAUCGUUUGUUGGUUAUACCAUGUUUAGGGAAGGGUAUGCGCCGAUGAUUGAGCACGAAGACGAGAGACGGCCGUUACUUGCCUAAGUUUAGUUUCUAUUUAGCAUUGCUGAUAAUAAUGUUCUAUCUCUAGCUCAUAGAAGUCUAUCUAUCUUAGUUGAAUUCGAUAGAUACCACCACUUAGAAACCAUUCACCAUCCCCUAGAUUCGCGAGUAUUCGCGCGGCAACCGCCAAACCACCUAGGUACAUCAU